GAGCGGGUGUGAGCUCAGCUGAUCACAGAGGGCACCAGAGGCUGCAGGACUUCGCCAAGGGACCCCAGGCUCGUGAGCAGGGACCACCGUGCAGGUUAUGCUGGGGGCUCGGAUCCCAGGGGACAAUUGAACAGUCAGGACAGCGCCAUGGAGGACUUGCAGGAGGAUUUCGAAGAGGUGCUGGAAGAGAUUCUAGAGCCAGAAGAAUAUGAAGACCCAGGUGACCCCGUGCUCCAGGUGGAGGAGCCAGCAGCUCACCACACCGAGCCAACAACCACAGACUACCACGCCACAUCGUACCAAGGCACUCACGAGGUCUACGUGGAGCUGCAGGAACUGGUGAUGGACGAGAAGAACCAGGAGCUGCUGUGGAUGGAAGCGGCGCACUGGGUGCGACUGGAGGAGAACCUGGGGGAGGACGGGGCCUGGGGCCACCCGCACCUGUCCUACCUCACCUUCUGGAGCCUCCUGAAGCUGCAGAGAGUCUUUGCCAAGGGUACCGUCCUUCUGGACCUGUCGGAGACCUCCCUGGCUGGGGUGGCCAACCAGCUGCUGGACGGGUUUAUCUACGACGAGCAGAUCCGGCCCGAGGACCGAGACGAGCUGCUUCGGGCCCUGCUGCUCAGACACAGCCACGCUGGAGACCUGGAGGCCCUGGGGGCUGUGAAGCCCACAGUCAUGACACGCUCUGGGGAUCCUUCACAGCCUCUGCUUCCCCAAAGCCCCUCACUGGAGACACAGCUCUUCUGUGUGCAGGGAGAGGGGGGCUCGGGAGAGCGCUCAACAUCUGGAAUUCUGGAGAAGAUUUCCCCGGAUUCAGAGGCCACGCUGGUGCUAGUGGGCCGCGCUGCCUUCCUGGAGCGGCUGGUUCUGGGCUUUGUGCGGCUGAAGGAGCCAGCAGCGCUGGAGGCCCUGGAGCUGCCCCUGCCUGUGCGCUUCCUCUUCGUGUUGCUGGGACCCGAGGCCCCCCACAUCGACUACACCCAGCUUGGUCGGGCUGCUGCCACCCUCAUGUCAGAGAGGGUGUUCCGCACAGAUGCCUACCUAGCGCAGAGCCGGGGAGAGCUAGUGCGCUCCCUGGAGGGCUUUCUGGACUGCAGCCUGGUGCUGCCUCCCACAGACGUCCCCUCCGAGCAGGCCCUGCUCAGUCUGGUGCCCGUGCAAAGGGAGCUGCUUCGGAGGCGCUACCUGCCCAGCCCUGCCAAGCCAGACCCCACCUUCUACAAGGGCCUAGAUUUGAAUGGGGGCCCAGGGAGCCCUGGUGUUCCAGAUGACCCUCUGCAGAGAACAGGCAGGCUCUUUGGGGGCCUGGUACGUGACAUCCGGCGCCGCUACCGCCACUACCUGAGUGACAUCACCGACGCGUUCAGCCCCCAGGUCCUGGCUGCCGUCAUCUUCAUCUACUUUGCUGCCCUGUCACCUGCCAUUACCUUUGGUGGCCUUCUGGGAGAAAAGACCCGGAACCAGAUGGGGGUGUCAGAACUGCUCAUCUCUACUGCAGUGCAGGGCAUUCUCUUCACACUGCUGGGGGCUCAGCCGUUGCUCGUGGUUGGCUUCUCAGGACCGCUGCUGGUGUUUGAGGAAGCCUUCUUCUCGUUCUGCGAGGACCGCCAGCUGGAGUACCUCGUGGGCCGUGUGUGGAUCGGCUUCUGGCUCAUCCUGCUGGUGGUGCUGGUGGUGGCCUUUGAGGGCAGUCUCCUGGUCCGCUUCAUCUCCCGCUAUACCCAGGAGAUCUUCUCCUUCCUCAUCUCCCUCAUCUUCAUCUAUGAAACCUUCUCCAAGCUGAUAAAGAUCUUCCAGGACCAUCCGCUGCAGGAACAUUAUGACCCCAGUGUGACGAUUACAUCCAAACCUCAGGCCCCCCUGCCCAACACAGCCCUCCUCUCCCUCGUGCUCAUGGCUGGCACCUUCUUCUUCGCCAUGAUGUUGCGCAAGUUCAAAAACAGCUCCUACUUCCCCGGAAAGCUGCGUCGGGUCAUCGGGGACUUCGGGGUCCCCAUCUCCAUCUUGAUCAUGGUCCUAGUGGAUUUCUCCAUCCAGACCACCUACACCCAGAAACUCUCGGUGCCGGAUGGCCUCAAGGUGUCCAACUCCUCAGCCCGGGGCUGGGUCAUCCACCCACUCGGCUUGUAUAAAGACUUCCCUAUCUGGAUGAUGUUUGCCUCCGCCCUGCCAGCUCUGCUGGUCUUCAUCCUCAUAUUCCUCGAGUCUCAGAUCACCACGCUGAUUGUCAGCAAACCUGAGCGCAAGCUGAUCAAGGGCUCCGGCUUCCACCUGGACCUGCUGCUGGUGGUGGGCAUGGGCGGGGUGGCCGCGCUCUUUGGGAUGCCCUGGCUCAGUGCCACCACCGUGCGUUCUGUCACCCACACCAACGCCCUCACUGUCAUGGGCAAGGCCAGCACCCCAGGGGCUGCAGCCCAGAUCCAGGGUGUCAAGGAGCAGCGGAUCAGUGGGCUCCUGGUCUCUGUACUCGUGGGCCUGUCUAUCCUCAUGGAGCCCAUCCUGUCCCGCAUUCCCCUGGCUGUGCUGUUUGGCAUCUUCCUCUACAUGGGGGUCACAUCCCUCAGCGGCAUCCAGCUCUUUGACCGCAUCUUGCUUCUGUUCAAGCCACCCAAGUACCACCCGGAUGUGUCCUACGUCAAGCGGGUGAAGACCUGGCGCAUGCACCUGUUCACGUGCAUCCAGAUCAUUUGCCUGGCAGUGCUGUGGGUGGUGAAGUCCACGCCUGCCUCGCUGGCCCUGCCCUUUGUCCUCAUCCUCACUGUGCCCCUGCGACACUUCCUGCUGCCGCUCAUCUUCAGGAAACUGGAGCUCCAGUGUCUGGAUGCCGAUGAUGUCAAGGUGACCUUUGAUGAGGAGGAAGGUCGGGAUGAAUAUGAUGAAGUGCCUAUGCCUGUGUGAGGGGUGCGCCCCACCCCCACCCCCACCCCAUUCCACUUCCCCACCCUUCCAGGAAAAGCAGAAGUUCAUGGGCACCUCGCAGACUCCCAGGCCCCUCCUGGGGCAGCAGCUGAGGCCCCAGGGCUGCGGGUUGGGAACAAAGGGGUAUCUAGAAAAGGAGUGUUCCACAAAGGGUGGGCUGGCUUUCCUGGCUGGAGGUGACCAAUGGGGCCCACCUUAGGGGAUUGGCUCACAGUCCCUCCUGCUGUCACAUUGCCACGUGGGGAUCUGUGCUGGAAGGCCAAGAUCUGAGCCCACCUCUUCAUGGCACAGACGUGGGCAAGAAGCAAAGGUGUGUGUGUGGGGGGGGUUCAAGUUCCUGCUUGCUGUGUGACCUUGGGCAAGUCCCUUGACCUUUCCAGCCUCUGUUUCCUCUUCUGUAAAAUUGGUAUAUUGAUAACAAUACCCUCUUUACAGGAUGGCUUCUGAGGACCAAAGAUAAAUGCGAAAAAAGGUCUUUAUAAACUCUGAAAGGACUAUUCCACAAUAGUCCUCAUUCUCUUUCUGGCCUGCCCAAGGUCACACAGCUCCUGAACCACACACUUGGAGUUUGAACCAGACCUUUGAGGCCAGAGUUCUGUCCCCUGUCAGUCAUCCACCUUCCUAGACUGACUCAGAAAUGUCCCCACUGACUCCUUCCUUCCCUCCUCUGUUCCCAAACCCUCCCUUGAGACCCUCUUCUCUGGGCCAGAAGGAGGUGUCCUGGUGAGGGCAAGUGCAGGCGAGGAUACAACAGGGACUGGG